UAUGGUGUUAAAUCACCUGGUGUAUAGUCUGGAAAUCCAAAAUGAAGCCAUUUACAGCAUCACAGAAUACAGCAGCUGAAAGGAGAAGAGAGUUAAAAAAAAAAAAAGAAAAGAAAAGAAAAGAAAAAAUCCCCAUGAGUGAGUUCAGUGAAGACACAUGAUGUCCUCAGAAGGGGAGGAGAUUUAAAUGGCCAGCUUGUGAGAAGGUAGUGUGGGGGCAAUUAGAGGCAAGUGUGUGUUUGUGGAGGCUGGAGCUCAGAGCCGCAGUGAAAGCUGAAAGUGUGUGCGCGUGUCUGUGUAUGUGUGCGUGUGCGUGCGUGCGUGCGUGUGUGUGUGUUUUUUUUAAAGCGGAUCGACACUUGAACGACUUCUUUCAAACUUCUUUUUCUUUUAAAGAAGAAAGUGUCUUUUAUUCUAGUAGUGGCCUUUUAUUCCUCCAGGGAGUUCAUCCUCGGGGUUGUACGCGCGGGACGCCACACUCCUCCUCGCACCAGCAGCAGAGGACACUUCUCUGACCGCAUCUUCUCGUCCCGGACACUUUCUGACCAUUUUUGUUGGAUUGUUUGUUUGUUUUUGUUUUUUUAUUGAGGACACAUCGGGAGCGUGCACCUCCCAUCUGCUCCCCCACCCACUUGCAGACAUCGCGAAAUGAAACUGGGUUUUGUCAUGGAGACUGCGGUGGCGCUGUAUCUGCUGCUCACACCUGCACAGACUAUCCCCGUGUCGAGUAUGAACAGCACAACUGAAGUGCUAAUGUUUCAAGAAGUGUGGAGUCGCAGCUUCUGCCGGACCAUCGAGAAGCUCGUGGAGGUGGUGCACGAGUACCCGACGGAGGUGGAGCACAUCUACAGCCCCUCCUGUGUGCCGCUGGUGAGGUGCGCGGGUUGUUGUGGGGACGAGAACUUGGAGUGUCAUCCCACCCGCACCACAAAUGUCACCAUGGAGCUGCUGAAAAUCAGGCCAUCAGAGCCGGGUCAGGCUUAUGUCGAGAUGACGUUUGUGGAGCACCAGUCAUGUGAAUGUAGAGUAAAGAAACCUGUGGUGAAGGUUGAACGGAAAAGGCAAAGAGGAAGAGGAAGGAAGAGGAAGGAGCGACAAAAAAUCAAAGAAUGUGACAGGUGCCAGAUCCCUCGAAGGUAACUGCAGUGGUGACCCAACCCCCUGUUGCAGUGUGGCUCAUUAUUUAUUUCCAGCCCAGUGACGGCAUCACGAGUCUCCUCCGCUCAUCUAUCAAUACUGUGUCUGCAGCCAGAGACUCAAAGCGCUGGGUUGUUUUGCUGACAUGCCCUUCCACUGAUGGGCAGAUUGUUUGUAACCACAA